AUGGCCGCCUACCGGCUCGUGCUGCUGCGGCACGGCGAGAGCGCCUGGAACCUCGAGAACCGCUUCAGCGGCUGGUACGACGCCGACCUCAGCCCGGCCGGCAGCCAGGAGGCGCAGCGCGGCGGGGAGGCGCUGAGAGAUGCUGGCUACGAGUUCGACAUCUGUUUCACCUCUGUCCAGAAGCGGGCAAUCCGCACUCUCUGGAUAGUGCUGGAUGCCAUCGACCAGAUGUGGCUGCCUGUGGUGAGGACCUGGCGCCUCAAUGAAAGGCACUAUGGUGGCCUGACAGGCCUCAACAAGGCUGAGACAGCUGCUAAGCAUGGGGAGGCCCAGGUGAAGAUCUGGAGGCGUUCCUAUGACAUCCCACCACCUCCCAUGGAACCGGACCACCCUUUCUACAGCACCAUCAGCAAGGACCGUCGUUACGCCGACCUGACCGAGGACCAACUGCCGACCUGCGAGAGCCUGAAGGACACCAUUGCCCGGGCCCUGCCCUUCUGGAACGAAGAGAUCGUCCCCCAGAUCAAGGAGGGCAAGCGCGUUCUCGUUGCCGCCCAUGGCAACAGCCUGCGAGGGAUUGUUAAGCACCUGGAAGGCAUGUCCGAAGAGGCCAUCAUGGAGCUCAACCUGCCCACCGGCAUCCCCAUCGUCUACGAGCUGGACAAGAACCUGAAGCCCAUCAAGCCCAUGCAGUUCCUGGGGGACGAGGAGACUGUCCGCAAGGCCAUGGAGGCUGUGGCGGCUCAGGGCAAAGCCAAGAAGUGAAGGCAGGUAGUGGAGGCUUGUGAGCAGUAGAUGAGCCCCCUUCCCACCCUUCCCCUGCACACACUGCCCACAGCCUAUAAGAACCGAGUACAGAGCCAGCUCCCUGGGACCUGCAUCCCUCCGUAGACAACCCUGCAAACCCACAGGCCAGCUAGGCUGCAGAGGCAUCUGGGAGCCUCUCCUCAAAGAUGGGGGAAGCCCAAUGGCCAUAGCCAGGUGGUAACCGCCUCUGCAAGGCUCCAGCGAACCCUGGGCUAGACCAGUGACUGUGUAAGGUAUUGGCCAACCCAAGCAUUCCCUAGACAGUCACCCUGGGCCUUCCUAGCUGGGCUUGAGCUCACGGGGAGCUGUCAUUGUCAUGAGUUUUACUGUUGCUUGAUGUCGUCAUUCCAGACGUGAGAGCAUGGACCAGCGGAGCGAGGUGUGAAUGCUGCUGUGAGUCAGGGACCAGUCUUGCUCUCACAUGCCCCUGGGGGGUUUGUCCUGGUUUACUUCUUGAAAAGGGCCCUGUUUGGGGUGCUGCGUUCUUGGUGUGUGGGAGUGCACGCGCCAGCGACUGUACCUAGCUCUCCAGGGCCAGCUCUUUAAUUUAUUGCCUUCAACCAUGGACUGGGGAGGGGGGCAUAUGGAGGAGUAUGGUGUGGAGCUAGCGUCGGCCCUGCCCCCUUGCCUGCUGUGUAGUGCUAGUGAAACACAGUUCCUGUAUGUUAGCCCACGCGCUUGUGUCCCUGGCACUGGCCUCGCCGUGAGCCUGGAUCUGCACUGGGUCUAGUGUCACUGUCCAACAAGAGCGGUUGUCUCGUUAAGUACAAUAAAGGAGUGAUGUGCAAUA